GCGGGCACCGCGUCAUCUGGCAAGACAGUGGGCACCAAGUCACCAGGCACGACAGUGGGCUCUGACUCAAUUGGCACGACAGCGGGCACUGGGUCAGACAUUGGAUCGUCUGGCUGGACAGCGGGCAUCGGGUCACCAGGCAUCAGGUCAUUUGGCUCAACAGCGGGCACCGCGUCAUCUGGCAAGACAGUGGGCACCAAGUCACCAGGCACGACAGUGGGCUCUGACUCAAUUGGCACGACAGCGGGCACCGGGUCAUCAGGUACCGGAUUGUCUGGCUCGACAGCGGGCAUCGGGUCACCAGGCAUCAGGUCAUUUGGCUUGCCAGCAGGCACCGCGUCAUCUGGCAAGGCAGUGGGCACCAAGUCACCAGGUACGACAGCGGGCUCUGAGUCAAUUGGCACGACAGCGGGCACCGGAUCAGGUACCGGAUCAUCUGGAUCAACAGCGGGCAUCGAGUCAACUGGC